AUGGGAGGAGUUGAUCUAAGUGAUAGUUCACUUCACCAUGCAUGUAUGGAUCGAAAAUCAUAUCGAUGGUUUAUCGAACUGGGCAUUCAUUUUUUUGCACGACUUCUCUUCAAUGCUUUUGUUAUGUAUCGUGCUCAUGAUUCUAAAGCUCGUUUUUCAAAUUUUCUUUCUUGUUUCGUUCGAGAAACUAUGGAGUCAACAGGUAUUUGUAGAAAAACUUUGGCUGAAACCACACCACCACAAAAACGUGCGAAUUCAUUGCCAAGCAAUAUUAUUCCUCAAAAGCUCGUGAAAGUUCAGCAUUUUUCAAGUAAAGUCUAUGUUUAA